AUGGAUAUCUCGGAAGAAGAUAUCAAUGGAAAGGCUUCUCCAUUGAUUGGAUUCAGUGGGGAAACUAAAUAUACAGUGGGUGAAAUAAAAUUACCAGUUUAUGUUGGAGGGAUGAAUUCGAUGCAGAAAUUCUGUGUCGUAGAUUCUCACCCAGGAUGCAACAUAAUCUUGGGAAGACCCUGGAUACACGAAAUGAAGGCAGUGCCUUCAACAUAUCACCAAUGUGUUAAACUUCCAACACCUUGGGGAGUAGUUAUUGUCAAGGGAGAUCAGCAAGAAGCAAGAGAAUACGAACCAGAAGAGCAAGAUGUAAAGGAAGUUAUCUUGGUUCCUGAAGAUCCUAACAUUAAAGUUUUAAUAGGGAAAAAGAUAUCAAAAGAUAUGGAAGUCAAAUUUACUGAUUUCCUCAAAGCUAGAAUGAAGACUUUCGCUUUGAAACAAGAAGAUAUGACUGGAAUAUCAAGAGAUGUCAUCACACACAAGCUGGAAAUCGACAAAAGCUUCAAGCCUAUACAGCAAAAAAGAAGAAAAUUUGCUCCUGAAAGAAAUGCUAUAAUCCAGGAAGAUGUUGAAAGAUUAUUAAAGGCUAAAAUGAUCAGAGAAGUUAAAUUCCCAGAAUGA